AUGGCGAGCAUCAACAUGGGGCCGAGACCGAUGCUGCUGCUGGGGCUCGCGUGGCUCCUUAUGGCCAUCUUAACGUCUAAUGUCCGAUGUCUAAACGGCGACGAGGACCAGAACCAGGACUCCGAGUGCAAGAUGAAGAGCGUCACCGUGUCUGCACUGCCGUUUUUGAGGGAAAACGACCUGAGCAUCAUGCACAGUCCGUCGGCCUCCGAGCCCAAGCUGCUGUUUUCCGUUCGAAACGAUUUCCCCGGAGAUGUCGUGGUGGUGGACGACCUGGAAAACACCGAGCUCCCGUUUUUCGUUUUAGAGAUCUCUGGGAAUUCAGAGGACAUCCCUCUGGUGCGAUGGAGGCAACAAUGGCUGGAGAACGGCACUCUGCUCUUCCACAUCCACCACCAGGACGGCAGCCUGAACCUCCCCGAGCCCACCGAAGACCCGGCCAGCAAUUCUGCAAAGGAAGAGCUCCGCAUCCUGCACAUCUCUGUCAUGGGCGGGAUGAUCGCCCUUCUGCUGUCCAUCCUGUGCCUCGUUCUGAUCCUCUACACCCGCCGGCGCUGGUGCAAGCGUCGCCGCAUCCCUCAGCCCCAGAAGAGUGCCAGUGCUGAGGCGGCUAAUGAGAUCCACUACAUCCCCUCAGUGCUGAUGGGAGGCCAGGCCCGCGAGAGCUUGAGGAACUCCCGGGGUCAGGGGCCGAACUCCAGCGGUACCCUCAGUAUCCGGGAGACACCGAUUUUGGAUGGGUAUGAAUAUGACAUUACCGACCUGCGUCACCAUCUGCAGCGGGAGUGUAUGAAUGGCGGCGAGGAGUAUGCCAGCCAAGUCACCCGUACCCUGGACUCCCUCCAAGGCUGUAAUGACAAGAAUAAUAUGGACCUCACACCUGUGAGCGACAACACCAAGCUGGCCCUAAUGAACAAAUACAAGGACAACAUCAUUGCCACGAGUCCCAUCGACAGCAAUCACCAGCAGAACACGCUGCUCCCGCACAACACCUCCACCAGCCAACGCAAGCGUCUCUCCAGCAACACCCGUGGGGGUUCAACUUUCUUGAACCCCGACGGGGACUCUGGAACGGAGGCAGACAGCGAGCCUCAGCUGGCCUUUUACACCGACCCAAACCGCAGUCGACGCCGGAGUCGAGGUAUGAGAAACGGUAACGCCAACAGCGCGUGGGGCUCAGGGGCAGGUUCCCCGCGGAGUCCCAUCAAUAAGACCACUCUGACUUUGAUCAGUGUCAUCAGCUGCGUGAUCGGCCUGGUUUACUCCUCUCACAUGUCCUGCAGCCUCUCAGUGCGGGUGAUUCUACAUGUUCCAGAGCACCUCAUCGCUGACGGAUCGAGGUUUAUUUUGCUGCAGGGGAGCCAGAUGGACGCAUCAGACUGGUUGAACCCGGCCCAGAUCUUGCUGUAUUACCAACAGAACGCCAGUGGUCCCUGGCUCAAUGAGCUGUGUGGACGCCGCCUCCUGGACCCCUGUGAGCACCAAUGUGACCCGGAGACAGGAGAAUGCCUUUGCCUUGACGGCUACAUGAAGGACCCGGUCCAUAAGCACCUCUGCAUCCGCAGUGAGUGGGGGCCCAAUCAGGGUCCCUGGCCUUACACCAUCUUCCAGCGCGGUUUUGAUCUUGUGAUGGGAGAACAGCCCUCUGAUCGCAUUUUCAGAUUCACAUACACCUUAGGAGAAGGGAUGUGGUUGCCGUUGAGUAAAAGCUUCGUCAUUCCCCCCGCCGAGCUCGCCAUCAACCCAUCAGCCAAGUGCAAGACGGACAUGACAGUCAUGGAGGACGCGGUGGACGUAAGAGAGGAAUUGAUGAUCAGUUCAUCCUUCGAUUCCUUGGAAGUCCUCCUGGAUUCUUUCGGGCCUGUCAGAGACUGCACCAAAGACAACGGAGGCUGCAGCCGCAACUUCCGCUGCAUAUCCGACCGAAAACUGGACUCCACCGGAUGUGUGUGUCCUCCAGGGCUGAGUCCUAUGAAGGAUGGGACCGGGUGCUACGACCACCACAUUGGCAUUGACUGUUCAGAUGGUUUUAACGGUGGGUGUGAGCAGCUGUGUCUCCAGCAGCUGGCUCCUCUGGAGGAUGACCCGACACUCUACAACAUCCAGAUGUUCUGUGGGUGCAUCGAGGACUACAAACGUGGUCCAGAUGGGAGGUCAUGCCUGCCGCUGUCAGAGGCCUGCACCGAGGGAAUAGACUGCGCGGAGGCAGUGGAAAUCCCCGCUAACCAGACUGUGUUCGGAGACCUUUUCUACGGUUACGACAACCACACCAAAGAGAGCACGUCCGGACAGAUCCUCAAGGCCACAUUCAGGCAGAAGAACUUUGCCCGAGGCAUCGAGCAGCAGCUCCCAGAUGGCAUGGUGGUGGCAUCUGUGCCAACGGAGGUCCAGUGCCAUGAGGAGCUGUCGGACCCUAUUCCCGACCCAGAAUACCUCAGAGGCAUGGUGAACUACAGCGAGGUGUCUGGCUACCCCCUGGUUCAGCACUGGAGUCUUCGCUCUGUGCUAUACCACGUCAAACUCAAUCAGUGGGUCCUCUCUCAAGCCUUCAGCUCGGCCAUUCAUUCUCUGGACGGGGCAACGCAGCGGAGCGACUUUGUCUCCAUCCUCAGGGAGUUUGGGAACCAUUACGUGCAGGAGGCAGUGUACGGCUUCCAGGAGUCCUGCACCAUCUGGUACCCCAACAAACAGGUCCAGAGACAGCUGUGGCUCGAGUACCAGGAUAUUAGCAAAGGUAACUCGCCUUCCGAGGAGUCAGAAGAGCGGGAGAAGGAGCCGAGGACGCUGACCUACCCCGCCUACAUCGCCAGUCUGCUGGACACAGGUGCAAAGCGCAUGGCCGCCGGCGUCCGCAUGGACUGCAACAGCCAAGGCCAGUGCCCGCGUUCCUGCCACCUCUGCCACAUGAGCCCGAGGACUUCGCAAGGGCGUCAGCAGUCUGAGCCUGUCCUGCUGCAGAUCACCAAGGCUGCACCUAUCUACGAACUGGUGUCCAACAACGAGACCUAUCAGUCUCUCCAGGAGGCGAUGAUGAGCAUGCUAUGGUGUUCGGGAAAAGGUGAUGUCAUCGAUGACUGGUGUCGCUGUGAUUCCAGCGCUUUUGGCACAGACGGACUCCCCACCUGUGCCCCACUUCCACAGCCUUUGCUGAAGCUGUCUUACACCUACGAGCCCAGCAGCUCAUUGGUCAUCAUGGAAUGGAACCACACUGAGCCACCAAUCGGCGUGCGCAUCGUUGAUUACCUCAUUAGCCAGGAGAAGGUGACGGAGAGGACAGAUCACUCCAAAGUUGAGACAGAAACCCUUUUGAGCUUCGUCGAUGACAUCUUGUCUGGGGCCAGGUCUCCUUGUGUGAUGUUAGGAGACAUCCCUGACCUCCUGUCCUCCUCCAUCAGCAUGAUCAUCCGUUGCCUAGAGCCGGACACCACCUACAUGUUCCGGCUGUGGGCAGUAGACAACACAGGCCGCCGUUCCAGCCCAAGUGAGGUCACCAUCAAAACUCCGUGUCCAACUGUGGAUGACGUCAAAGCUCAAGAAAUUGCCGAUAAGAUCUACAACCUGUUCAAUGGUUACACCAGUGGGAAGGAGCAGCAGACGGCCUACAACACGCUAAUGGACCUGGGUGCCCCCACACUCCACCGUGUGCUCUACCACUACAACCAGCGUUACGAGAGCUUUGGGGAAUUCACCUGGAGGUGUGAGGAUGAGCUGGGACCCAGGAAGGCCGGCCUCAUCCUCUCCCAGUUGGAUGAACUCAACCCCUGGUGUAAGGGUCUUCUUCAGGAGCAGAAGAUCGGCCUCCGCAGGAUGUCACUCAAGUUCCUGUCCUGCCGCUACACUGACACCAAGGCCUUUGGGCUGAACUGGUCUCACAUGGGCCAAGACGUACACAAGGCCUGUGACGAGCAGACGCUCACUGUCAUGUAUAACGACUACGGCGAGCCCAAGGAGCUGUGAAGCUAUUAAAGAUUUCAGUUUGGAUGUGUACAGGGAUAUGGGAAAUGUGUCAAACCCAACAAAGAAACCAAUAAAAUGCAGAUUUUAUUUAUAGUGUCAUAAGCAAAUCAUGAAUAUAAUUUGAAAUGCGAAGGUUCAGAUCAGAGCUUCAAGAUAGUUACAUUCACCUAAAUAACUGUGGCUCUUUUGGUCCAUACAACUCUCUGAAUUAUAUUCUUCCCUUGCAAUGAUAAAGUGAAAUCUAAUACAAACUUGACACAUCUGCAGAUGCUUCACAACAAUAGACCCCCUUGUUCAUUGCUUUUAUUAAGGUCUUAUUUGUUCGGCCCCCUUGUGAUAUGAUGCUUAGAGACUGAACUCUAAAGUGCUCCCAGUGGUUGGCCAACCCAUUACAUGGGGGUUACUGCCAUCUGUGUGUGUACAUUGAUGAUUGAGAAGCACAUUUUAAAGCCCUAAAAAAAUGGCAUGUUUUGCUAGAUUAAAGAUAUGUGUUUUAAUUGUUUUGAUGGUUUUUGUUGGCAUUCAAGUGUAAUACAUGGCAAGGCAGGAAUGGCCGAACCUAGGAACUGAUAUGGAUUAGACACCAAAGCAGCUUUCCUAUAUUUCCUCCUUUUCUAGCUUAAAUACAGAAUACCAUGAAACAUUCCAUGUCACAAUGAAAUGUAAUCCCGUUGGGGUGAUAGCUAAACCUAGAGUAUUCUACAGUAAAUGCAUUUAUCUUAGAUAAACUAAACGUAACACCUUGCAUUUUAUUUAACUGUAUUUCUUUGUUGGUUGGACAGUCCUCAUUCAAAAGAAUGAUAUAUAAAGAGGGCACGUUCUUUUUCAAUCUUUGUUGGAAUAAAUCUAUCAUCUUAAUGGUGUAUUCAGCAUUUUAAAGCGCUUUUGGUUUCUUUCAGUCAGACAUGAUAAGGUCAGAUCUUUGAUUUAAAGAUCAGAUCCAUUCUCCUUUUCUUGGUAAAUGUACAUGAAAAUGAUCCAGCUUCUAUUGUAGCUUCGGCUUCAUUGGAACAUCCUGAAAAUUGUUAAUAUUUUGCAGCUUUUGAUGCUUGUCGUUAUUAUGAACAACUGCAACACACGCAGAAAGUGAACACCUCAUAAGCUGAACCAUCAUGUAGGUGAGCUAUGAUUUGGUAUUGGCGGCUGUAUUUCGCAGAAUUAUUUUUUAACUUGCUUUAAAUUAAGUCAGCUUCAUGAACUAGUACCCACAAGUCUUUAACAUUCAAAUGCAUUGAAAAGGAAAUGCUGUGCAAUGUUUUUAAGGUAAUGCCAGUAUUUAAGAAAGUUAUCCAUGUUUCUGUAAGAAAAGGGAGGUGGCAUUAAAGCAGAUACAGACAUUUUACAAGAAAAAAGUAAAAGACAGAUAAGAGAGUUGGAAGUUAUUUUAGUAUGAAAACUAACCUUGUACAUAACAUUAUCAUACAGUUUUAGUGAUAUAUUCUUCUGAAUGUAGUAUUGCUAGUUUGCAUUUAUAAGUAAAGCCGCUUCAAAAAGAGUUUUACUAAAUAACAGGCACAAACAAUAGCUUGUUUUCUUCACAUGUUCAAUAAAACCUGCCAAACAGUAUUUUCUUUCAUUGUUUUCACAUCAAAGUAAGACAGAUUUGUCAGUAAUCUCUACUAAAACGGUUUGUUUCUUGUGAGUUUAUUUUAACUUUAGUUUGAUCUCCAUUUGUUCUGUUCUUAUUUUAUUUGUGUGCAGUGCAUUUUUGGAGAUCAAACAAUGCACAUGUAUAUUAGUUGCUGAUUUUUAACAAACCUCAUAUGUGAAUACUAAAAUGGACACUUGUAGAUUUUUGUAUAGGCAGCAAAGUAUUUCAUAAAUGCAUCACAUUACGCAGUACAGUGUUUUUUCUUCUGUACAUAAAUGUAUAACAUUUUACGUGUGCUUUAGUAGAUACAAUAUUGUAUGGUCGUAUCUGCUGUGUAGCUUAGUCUAGCAAUUGGAUUAAUCCACUUGGUGCAGUUGUGAUGUAAAAAGUAACAGGCUUUACUUUCUUUGCUGAAAUUGGAUUAGACCUUUGUCAUAAACUGUGAUUGGUUGAUUAAAGUACUACGAAAUGACAGAUUGUUGUAGAAAAAUGGGAAAAUGACAAACUUAUAGUGGAAUAUAAAGGCACUUGACCUUUGUGAAAAAUGUAAACCAAUCAUAAUCUAUCUGCAUGAUUUUAUUCUGUCUUUGGCCAUCAUAAACUUUUUUCAACUUGAUCUUUGCUACUUCAAAGAACAAUAAAGAAUAUAUUAUGAAA